AUGGCGGCGGCCGUGCAGCAGCCGCCGCCGCCGCCGCCGGGCAGAGUCAGUAUGAAGGAGCAGCGCUACGACCGGCAGCUCAGGUUAUGGGGUGAUCAUGGACAGGAAGCUUUAGAACUUGCUCACGUUUGUUUGAUCUGUGCAACUGCCACGGGACAAGAGAUUCUCAAAAACCUAGUACUGCCAGGAGUUGGAUCAUUUACGGUUGUCGAUGGGAAUCAAGUGGCUGGUGAAGAUGUCGGAAAUAGUUUUUUCCUGCAAAGAAGCAAUAUUGGCCAGAAUCGAGCCCAGUGCACAACAGAACUGUUGCAAGAAUUGAACAGUGAUGUCUCAGGAAACUUUGUGGAAGAGAAUCCAGAUACGCUUCUAGACAAUGAUCCUUCGUUUUUCUGUCGGUUUAACGUUGUGAUUGCAACUCAGCUCCCAGAAAGUACGCUGCUCCGGCUAGCAGAAGUUCUGUGGAAUUACAACAUCCCAAUGCUAGUUUGUAGGACUUAUGGAUUAGUGGGAUACAUGCGAAUAGUUCUCAAAGAACAUCAAGUUAUAGAGUCUCACCCGGAUAACGCGUUGGAUGAUUUGAGACUGGAUAACCCGUUUCCAGAACUGCGGGAGCAUAUUCAGUCUUAUGACUUGGAUCAGAUGGAAAAAAAGGACCACAGCCACACUCCAUGGAUUGUGAUUGUAGCUAAAUAUCUAGAAGAAUGGUAUAACAAGAAUGGUGGUCAGAUACCCAAGAACUACAAAGAAAAGGAAGCCUUUCGGGAGAUGAUUAGGCAAGGUAUCUUGAAGAAUGAAAAUGGAGUCCAAGAAGAUGAAGAAAACUUUGAAGAAGCCAUUAAAAAUGUGAAUACAUCUGUUGUUCCUACAAAGAUUCCAGUUUGUAUUGAAGACAUCUUUAAUGAUGAUCACUGCACCAAUCUCUCACAGCAGACACCAUCUUUUUGGAUUUUGGCUCGAGCUUUAAAAGAAUUUGUGGCAAAAGAAGGUCAAGGCAACUUACCUGUCAGGGGUACAAUUCCUGAUAUGAUAGCUGAUUCUGGUAAAUUUAUCCAAUUGCAAAAUGUGUAUCGUGAGAAAGCAAAGAAAGACGCUGAAGCUGUGGGUAACUAUGCUGCUAAGAUGUUACAGUCAAUAGGCAAGGCACCAGAAUCCAUUUCUCAGAGAGAGUUAAAACUACUUUGCAGUAAUUCAGCAUUUCUUCGAGUGGUGCGGUGCCGAUCCCUUUCUGAAGAGCAUGGUGUGCAUACUUCAAACAAAGAUGAGAUAAUUUCCCAUAUGGACAAUCCAGAUAGUGAGAUGGUGCUGUACUUAAUGUUACGUGCUGUGGAUAGAUUCUAUAAACACCAUGGAAGAUACCCAGGGGUUUAUAACUAUCAAGUGGAGGAUGAUAUCGGAAAACUGAAAAUUUGCCUCAACAGCUUUCUUCAAGAGUAUGGGUUACCUGUAACCGUGAAGGAUGAUUAUAUCCAUGAGUUUUGUCGCUAUGGAGCUGCUGAGCCACAUACCGUUGCUGCAUUUUUGGGAGGAGCUGCUGCUCAGGAGAUUGUGAAAAUCAUUACAAAACAAUUUGUAAUUUUUAAUAACACCUACAUUUACAAUGGCAUGUCACAGACCUCCGCAACGUUCAAGCUGUAGGCUUAACACGAUACAUUGUGUGAAGGUGCAUUUUGUUCUGUCAAGUAUUGCUAGUUGGAUAUUUUCUGCCAAUU